AUGUCAUCUGUGAGUGUUGCUGAACAACUCGAGGAAGCUGUUUCACCUGUGAAGAAUCUGGAGCAGAACAAGAGUGUUGGGCUGUCGAUGACUCCUCUAAAGCGUAGGUUUUCUGAGGAUGAGAACGAAGAAGUGGUAGCGAAAAAGAUUCGUACAUCUGAUGGUGAGCAAAUAUCUGUUCCUGAGACCACGACCGGAGAUGCUGAAGAGGAAAUGGAGAAGGGGGAGGACAUUGACGCGGAAUUGGUCGUGGCAACGGACGAGGAUGAAAAGGCUACCGAUGACGACGCUAAGGAAAGUGAGCAAGAACAACCAGUUGUAGAUGUCGUAUUGGAUAAAGAAGACGCUGGUGGUGAUGAUGAAGGCAAAGGUGAUGGUGAGAAGGAGGAAGAGUCUACGAUUCUGGAUGUCGAGACCUGA